GUUAAAGUAAGUUUCAAUGAAACUGACAAUUGAAUUUGGUGGGGGCUUAGAGGCCUUGGUCAAAAAUGGUCAAAAAACUUUACAAGUUGAUUUACAAAGAGACGAGAUGACAGUACAAGAAUUAAUUGAAUAUAUAGCGGAAACAUUCAUAGUAUCAAGACAAAACUUAUUUUACAAUGUUGAUUUAUCAAAAUUAAAACCUGGUAUUUUAGUGUUAAUUAAUGAUUGUGAUUGGGAACUUAAAGGAGCUUCACAAGCUGUUGUUCAAAAUGAAGACGUUAUUAGUUUCAUUUCUACUUUACAUGGUGGUUAAAUAAUGUUUUUUAAUAGAAGGUGAUUUUUUGAAUCCUACUGCAACUAUUGAGUGCCUACCAUACAUUAUUUAGAGUUUAUCAUAACUG